CGCACUCGAUAGAGUACGUGCGCGCCCGUGAAUGAGAGAGAGAGAGAGAGAGAGAGAAAGAGAGAGAGAGAUAGAGAGAGUCAGUCUCCCAACAUCAGCUUCGUCGAUGAGAGAGUUUAAAAAGCUACCUAAAGUAGGGUAGUUACGGUGUUAUCCUUGGAUUUAGCGGUAAGUUGGCAAUCUAUUCGGACCAACUUAUACAGUUAGAUAUUCGAACACAGAUAGUUCAUUGCGGGCUUCAAACCUUUACGCUCCUAAGCACUUUGUGUCGUGUCGUGUCAAUGUCGAACAUAAUUUCAUACAGUGAUUGGAAACUGUCAGAUAAAUACUGAACUGGAUAAACAGACUCGAGACGAGAUAAUUCAUCCAGCAGCCAUCAGCAAAAUUCCUGGGAUCGAUUCCAAGUUUAGAAGUUUGUGUUCUCUGUCUCUGCCCUUGGACGAAGACCUUCAGUGUGUGUGCACCCCCUCCCACACACACACAACAGGGCUGGGCACAACUCUAAAGUGAUCCCAUUGGUCAUCAGUGGUUCCCCUCUGCCUGGUACCAUGGCGACCCCUCAGGCCUCUACGGCUGUGCCGCCAGGCUGCGGCUCCAACCUCAACACCCUCUACUACAGACUGUGCGACCUGAGCGUGGUGUGGGGCAUCGUGGUGGAGGCGUUUGCCGCCGCAGGCGUGCUGACCUGCCUGGUCCUACUCAUGGUGCUCCUGGCCAGCCUGCCGUUCGUGUCCAGCAAGAAACGCCGCAGCUCGGUAGGCAUCGACACGGGCUUCCUCGUCUUCGUCCUGGCCCUCUUCGGCCUCGCCUUCGCCUUCAUCGUGGGGCAGGACUUCUCCACGUGUGCUUCGCGCCGCUUCCUCUUUGGCGUGCUCUUCGCCGGUUGCUUUUCAUGCCUCCUGAUGCAGGCAGUGAAGCUGAACGUCCUGGCCAGGCGGGACUCCGGGCCUUCCGGCUGGUUUCUGUGCCUGGGAGCCUUGGGUCUCUGGCUGGUGGAAGUGAUCAUCAACACGGAGUGGAUGAUCAUCACCGUGGUGCAAUACCCUCAGAACAAUGGCACGGCUAGCGUGACUGUACCCUGUGCCGUGAACAACAAGGACUUCGUCAUGGCUCUGAUCUAUGUCAUGAACCUGCUGCUAGCGGUUGUCGUGGCACCCCUUCCUGUUCUGGCGGGACAGCACAAGCACUGGAGGAGAGAUGCCGCCUUCAUCCUGCUCACGGGCCUCCUCUCCGUCGGCAUCUGGGUAGCCUGGAUCGUCAUGUACACCUAUGGGAAUCCCAAGUAUGGCAGGCCCCUGCUGUGGGAUGACCCCACCCUGGCCAUAGCUCUGGUGGCCAAUGCUUGGGUUUUCCUGCUGCUCUACACUGUGCCAGAGGUGUGCUGUUUGACUGAGGAGGAUGAGACGGUUUUGAGCUUUGGGCAGGACCUCCACACCAACCCUGGCUAUGAGACUAUCCUGAAAGAGCAGAGUUCCCAUAGUGUCUUUAUGGAGAAUAAGGCCUUCUCUAUGGAUGAGCCCAACUCAGGUAAUAAGCCAGUGUCUCCAUACAGUGGCUACAACGGCCAGAUGCGUAGUUCCGUGUACCAGCCUACCGAGCUUGCUCUCAUCACCAAGGGAGCAGGAAAUUGCAGGACUGAUGGAAAUAGUGAAGCGUUUCCUUUGUCCUUCACCCAGUCUCCUGUGGGACAGCGGGGCAGCAGGAUGGCUCCACUUGUCACAGAGGUGUCAUUCUGGGGUUGCCAGCCUCGCUAUGGGGGAGAGGAACACUGUGCUCUUUAUGAAGCACAAACAAAGCUGGACCUGUGUGAAGCCAGGUUGGCGUUCCUCUGCGGGGACCCCCAGGAGGCAGGCCAAAAGCAUCAGGCCCAGUCCAAGCUCACCUGUUCAGCUACCGACCCGCCUCCAAAUGCCUCAGUAACUCCCUGCCAAGGGCAGACCCAUUUCUGGGCCUUCCACGGUCAGCACCACAGACAUAAAGGAUGCCAUGCAAUUGCAAAAUGGAGUGUGCGAACAAUUAUAGUGAGUUAAUUUAAAGUGCACUGCAACAGUCAAAUAUGAUGGAGUGUGACUAGUUGACAGCGUGACUGGUGACUCUGGGAGUAAUAGGACAGUGUUCCAUGUCCCUGUUGACUGAGCUUUGGAAAGUCUCACCCCUUCAGAUGAAACAAACUGUUCGUAUAGGCCCAGAGCUGGUGUUUUUGUUGUUGUUUGUUUUAAAGGUUUGCUCAUUAUUUGCACCAGGAUUACUAUUUACUUUUCCUUUUUCAUGAUAAUGCCUUUGAAAGUUGUUGUUUAUUUAUUUGUUUAUUGGUUUCCUCUGAUGUGGCAUCAUUUGAGAGAGGUUUCUUACAUGAAGCAUGAUUACGUCAGUGAGUUUGCAAUAUGGGUAGAUUGUAACUCAAUUAAAAAUGGCAGUAUGUUUGUUAGGUCUAAGCAUUUGUAAUCUUUUAUAAGCUUGUUGCCAGUGUGACUGUGCUAAACUCUGUCAGCAGUGUGUGGGAGCAUUAGAGAAUAAAGGUCAGGAAUGUGCAGACCAUGUCGGACAGUAGACCAGCCAAAGAGCAUUUCUAUUGAU